UACUGUUGAUGGUGAUAUUCUAUAUAGAUUAAAAUAUUCCUUAAUGAAGGAAUAUUCCCUAAGGAUCUUCAGUUACACUUCACUUAUUCAAUAUAAUUUACUUAUCUUCUUAUUUGUGCUCGUAUUUUCUUCUCCUCUGUAUAUUAUUAAACUGGGAGAAUCUAUAACAUUAAUACAACACAAUCUCAUUCGAUAUAUGCUCAUUUUCUUAAGGUUCCAUCUUGGUUGUCGUGAAGAGAAAGAAACCGAGAGUGAACGAGGGAAAAGAAAGAGAGAAAAGUGUGUUUUGGGCUUCUUGUUUGUGGCCAACGCCGGCGUUUGACGACUGAGCCUUUCACAGCUUCGACGGUUUGGGUUGUGGCGGCGCAAAGGGUCACUCGCUCACAGGUUUUCCUUCCUUACUACUCUUUCUUUUAGGUUUUACUUGAGAGCGAUUGUUAUGGGUAAGAGAAGAUUGGAAGAGGGAGAACAACGCUGCUCCAAUGUGUUCGUGUCUUUCUCAAAGAGGCGCAAAGGGCUUUUCCAGAAGGCGGGCGAGUUGUGCAUCCAGUGCAGCGCACAAGUUGCCAUUGUCGUCCUAUCUCCGACGGGUAAUCCUUUCGCUUUCGGGCACGCUUCGGUGGUUGAGGUUCUUCACCAUUAUCUUUGUCAAACGGUGAUCAAUCCCAGCUUCAUCACUGAUGAACACAGACACCAGAACCAGAUAAUCGAAGGCCUCAAGUUUAGCCUAAAACAGGAGCAGAAAAGAGAGGGUCUUGAUGAGGAGAGUAAGGUGGUGUUGGGACUCAAGGAGUGGAUUGAGAAAGAGUUUGAGGACUGUAAGACUACUACUUUUGUGGAAGAUUUGGAGGGUUUGAAGCAAAAAUAUGUGGUGUUUCUUGACCAAAUCACUCAGAGAAUAUUGGGGUUUUGAAGUUCUACUUCGUCCGUGGAAAGCGGAAAAUAUGUUGCUAUUACCAACGAUGAAUGUGGCUGCACUCCUUUUGAUGAAGAAAAUUUUGGUAUUUCGUUAUCUAAUUUAUGGUCUUGAGAUAAGUUUAAUUUAGCUACUUUUAUAUCAUAUUAUGCAUUCAUUUUUUUUCUCUAGUUUUACUAAUAGUUAGCCAAUAUAGCAGCUUAAGGUGGUGGUGUAUAUGAAAUUAGUAUAUUCAUUGUCUAGAAAGUGUAGAGGAGGAUGUUAUUAGAGCAAAGAAACAUAUUUGAGUUAUGACAAAUAUUCAUCUUUCUCUGAUUUUGUUUAAAUUUGUAAUUUUUUGAUAAGUUUCAUGCUUAUAAAGGAGAUAUUUGGCUAUU